CGCCCUUUCCCUUUCCCAGCAGCCGGACGUCAACAAGUCCGUCCCAAUUGCCUGCCUACCACCGUCAGCGUCUCGCUUGACUCCAACCCAUAGUGUUAUCACCAUUCAGAACUACCCGAAACUUUGAAAGCCAGACGCAUCUCAGACCUUGAGUUCACCCUUUCGCGGAAAGGAAAGUCGCAAUUUCCACACGUCAACCCGAUUAGGUCCAUUCGCCUUGACGCGACCGCAAGUAUGACCGACGUCGGUGCUCAAGGUGGGAAGAAGGAUAAGCGGCGCGUGAGCAAAGAUAUGAUUUCCACGCCAAAGGGUUUCGACCACUGCCUCCACGCAAGCUCGGCAUCCGAAGCCGAAUCAGUUCUCCAAAAGAUGAACAGUACCAGGAAUACAUUGCCCCGCGGCCCACUCAAAGACGAUCCUGAAUCGAAAGACCCAACAUCGAUGCCCAGUCCCGUUCCAGAGGACCGUCUACGGUCCUUCAAGGCCCUCAUCCAGCCCUGGCAAAAAAAAGUCGCGCCAUCUCCCACCACAGCCGAUUACGGCGCCGGCGUCGAGGGCGGCUCAACCGCGCAACGACCUUCUUCAAGUCGCGGUUCACGGAGCGCAUCCGUGCCCAGCCCCGGCGUGAGCAGAGCAACAGUCGAGCGCUCCGUUGCGGCCAAAAUCUACUUUGAGCAGUACUUUGACCGGCUGUACAAAUCCGGCCCGACGGCCCGCGCCAAACGAAGACAUCAGCUUGAGUCGGAGUUGGCGCAGAUGACGUUGACGGAGACGGAGAAGAGGAGCGUGCGGCAGGAAUGGCUGUCGCGCGAAUCGGAGAGGAUGCGGCGAACACGGGAGAAAGUCACUGUGAAUGAUUUUGAUGUUUUGAAAACGCUCGGAAAUGGCGCGUUUGGUUUGGUGCGCCUGGUUCGCCAUAAGGACUCCAAGGAGGUUUUCGCCAUGAAGAUUUUGAAGAAAUCGGAGAUGAUAAAGCGCGGGCAAGAGUCGCAUGUUCGCGCCGAGAGAGACCUUUUGUCGGAUGCGGCGGCCGAGUCGGCGGAAUGGGUGGUACCGCUCGUAUGCACGUUUCAGGACACCGACAAUCUGUAUUUUGUCAUGGAGUACAUGCCUGGAGGAGAUUUGUUGAGCUUGCUCAUCAAGUUGGAUGUCUUUAAUGAGGAGUUCGCGAAGCACUAUGUCGCGGAGAUGAUUCUUGCAAUCGAGGAAGUGCAUAAACUGGGCGUGAUACACCGAGACAUCAAACCAGACAACUUCCUCUUCGACGCCUCGGGUCACAUCAAAAUCACCGACUUUGGCCUCGCCACCGAUUUCCACUGGUCCCACGACUCCUCCUACUACGACGAACAACGCCGCGCAACCAUGCAACGCGCCCUCAGCGGAAACGACGGCUCCCCAACCUCCGACGACCUCGGCAACGCAUCCACAGAGGUCCUCGGGUCCCCCGACUCCCCGCCCCUGCAGAGCGUCAUCGACUACACGCCCCCGCACACCAAGAUCCUGCAAUGGCGCGACCAGAACCGCAAACAGCAGGCUUACAGUGUCGUCGGGACCAACAACUACAUGGCCCCCGAGAUCCUGCUUGGGACGGGGUACGACAAAGCAUGUGAUUGGUGGUCGCUCGGUGUGAUUGUGUUUGAGAUGCUGUACGGGUUCCCGCCGUUCUGCAGCAAGAACAGGCAGCAGACGAAAUUGAAGAUUGUGAACUGGAGGAAAUGUCUGCGGUUCCCCGCCCAUCCGUCCGUGUCGAGGGAGGCGCAGGAUUUUAUCAUGAAGCUGGUUUGCGAUAAGGAUACGAGGCUUGGGUCGGGGACGCCGGCGGGCAACCCGGCGGCACCUGGGUCGUUGUCGUCGCAUCCGUCGGCGGCGUCGGGGAUCAGCGUCUUUGGUAACAUCCACGGCACGUCGGCAACAAACCAGGGCGGUAACAAUCCGCGCUCGUCGGUCGUCAGUUCCGUGACGACCAUGACGCCAGGCGCGUCAGUUGAAUCAGAGACGGCGGAGAUCAAACGUCAUCCGUGGUUCCGAACCAUCGACUGGUCGGAACUUUCCACCAUAAUCCCUCCCUUCGUUCCCAAACUCGCCGGGGACACCGACACGACAUAUUUCGAGAACGUCGAGCCUCCGGAAGACCCCGCGUCGCGGGAGGAGGUUGAGCAGCAGGGCCCGCCGCCGGCGGUGGGUGGUGAUGCUUGCGCGGCGAAUGGGGCGGAUGCGGAGGAUGCGGAUAUGCUGGAUAUGAGGAAGCGGUUGGCGUUUGCGGGGUUCACUUACAAGGCCCCGCGGCGGGAGAAGAGUGAUGGGAGGGCGGGUGUGGGACAUCACUCGUUUUCGUCGGGGAUUGGGGAGUAAUCUUUUGGGAAGAUUUUGGACAGUUAUUUGCUCUUUAUUGCUCUGGACAAUUAUAAAUGGAUUCGAGUACUGCCCGUCUGAAGUUCUGUUUGAAGAGAAGCGCUUGGCUUCUUCCCUUCAACAUCAGCGGCUGUCAUCAGAACGGGCGCAUUGCUCAUUGCAACGAAUGUAUGGACCAAGACAUGUUGAGAAAGAAAAUAAACGCUAAUGAUU